UCACCGGUUUGUGAUACCUGUGGCAAUCGGCAAAGUUUAAAAGUGAUCAGCGCCGUCGAUACAGGUGAAGUAGACAUCGACCAUACAUGCUGUGACCAGUGACCGCCAAGAUGACCAGUCUGUGUCCAGGCCCACUGUUCACCACCCCGGGGCUCAACCAGUACUCCACCCCUAGCUCUCGCACCUCCACCCCAUCAGAUAUAGACAGGCGAUUUACCCGGGUUCCAUUCAAUGGCAUCCCCUGGCCCAAGCAGAGCCCUGUAUCCCGAGUGUACGAUGUCCGCAACUCCAGCACCAAGAUGAUCCUUCUCAACAACAAAUAUACCAAGAAGAGUGGUCAAAGGGCAGACAAUCAUGUUUAUGUGAAGGGAUGUCGACUGAGGGGUCAGACGAUGAACGAUGGAGAUGUCAGAGCUCCAGACCCAUCCAGACACUCUGGAGAGUCUCCAUAUGUGAAUCGCAAGAGUCACGUGGAUUGUCUGACUUCCUCAACACCCGUGUUCCAGCCAGAGGUCAAGACCAGCCUCAAGUGGGCCAACAAGACACAGAGACCUCCGCUCAAAUUUGAUGAUGGCUCUAGCGUCAACUACAAGCGGCACACAGCGUGUAUGACAUCAGACGAUUUGCGGCUGAUGAACUGGCAGCGCCCCCGCCGAUCCUACACCUCCUCCAUUAUCCGGGAGUCCCAGAAGUGCAAGAACCCCCUGCUGGAUGACCUGAACCCCGGGGAACGACUGUACCUGUACAGUAUAGCCAAGGUGUACAGUGUCGACAGCAUGCGAAGACUCAAGCAGAACCAGUACUGUCAGCUCCUGCAGAAAGAAGGCCAGAGAGGUGGGUAUUCUGACGCGGAGUACAGACGCUACAUGAAGUACCUGAGCAGCCAGAGGAAGACUCAGCAGGGUACAAGCGACACGUACCAGCGCCGACGUAUCCGCUCAGCACCAACAAACCGGGACACACAGACAGACAAAACAGAAUCGUCACCCAGUGCUGUGACACAGUCAGAACAUGCACAGUCAAGACCAGCCUCCUCAAAAUCAAAAUCUCGAUCGACCUCACGCCCGAUGUCAAGAGCAUCACUUGCUUCAAAUAAGUCCCAUAAGAAAACACGAGAAACACCAACAGCAACAAAGUCAAAAUCUGGCACCAAGCCAUCAAAACAGGCAAAUGAUGGGGUCACUCCCACAAGCAAAAAGCCUUCAGGCACCAAGCCAUCUAAAGCAUCUUCAGACGAAACCAAAAAAGACAAAUCCACACCAGAGAAAUCUAAAACAAGUUCUUCCGAUCGCGACAAUUCCAAAAUGGCGGAAACAGAAAAUACUGAUCAGAAAGUAACAGUUGUUCAGAUACAAGAACCACAGGAUGAAGAGCCAGAUGAGGAGGAGGCUCAGGUCAGAGGUGAGGAGGACAAGGUCAAGGACAGUGAAGAUACUGAGGAUCGGAUGGCUCCCCAGAACAGAGGGAACAGUCAUAAGGAGGGUGUGGACAGACCUAAAUCUCGACUUGGUGAACGUCCACGUGCUAAGGACAACAGUGACGAUGACUACAGCUCCGACAGUGACAGCAGCAGCAGCAGCAGUGAUGAGUCCGGAGCUGAUACAAGCAAGUCUCUAUCAAAAUCAGAACCUACUGAGUCUCAAACAAGAUCGGAACCAUCAAAGACAUCAAGAUCUUCCCAAAAAGAUGGGUCUGGAGCUGCAUCUCCAGGUUCUCCAACCAAACCUCAGGUGAUGACAGGUUCUCCACCUAGGUUGGAGACCACCAAGAAAGAAGGUUCUCCCCCAAGGGAUGGCGACCAUGAUGCCUCAUAUUCUGAAGACUUCUCUGAAGCUUCCAAGAGUGUGAGUCAGUCCCAUGCUAGUAAAUCAGAUGACAACAAAAGAAAAUCAGACAGUUCAACUAAUGAAACUAGUGAAAAGACGUCAGAGAAAAGCCAAAUAAAACCUGCCCCUUUGUCUGAAUCUGAAGGCCAGUCAUCUUCAGACACAAGCUCUUCAGUUAAACCAGCACAACAGACAAAGAUACCUUCAGACACAUCCACAGCCACAUCAGAAGACACAUCAACAUCUACAUCAGUUCCAAAGGUCAAGGUCAGUCAGGAUGACUCCAAGGUCAGGGAUCAAUCCUACUCUGAUGAUUUCACAGAAUCUACAUCCCAAAGUCAAAGUGGUGACAAGGUUAAAGGUGAAAAGUCACCAGAGGUCAAGGAAGAAAAGUCAGAGGUCAGAUUCAAAGACGAAGACGGUGUCCAAAACAGUUCAAAGGACACAACUGGACAGGAUAAAGAUACUGGAGAAAAAUCUCCACGUGAAGAAAAACCUUACCAACGAGAAAGAAGAGACUCCAUUGAUAUGGAUCGAGAAGGACGAGUAAAAGACUGGGAUAAAAUUGAAUACUGAUGAAUGAGUAAGGAUUCCGUUUGUAUGUUAUCUCUGAAUAGUUUACAUAAAGUACUGGGAAACAAUACUGUUCGAUGUUUUGGAAAUCUACAUUGAAAUCUCUUGUUAAGAUUGACAUCUUACAGUGAUACACCAAGUGCGAAACAGUUUGACAUUUGAGGAAACCACAUAGAAAUUAGAUCAUCCAGUUGAUGAUGAGCUUGGUUGGGACCGUGUAUAA